AUGGCUUCUUCACAGAAGUCCGCAACUCAAGCUCCUGGCACAGUUGAUAUCGCUACGCUUUCAGUACCUCAGCUUCGCUCGCUUCAGUCUCGCCUAAGCUCUGAGCUCGAACAUCUCACAUCCUCACACACAAAGCUGCGAUCAGCGCAGUCGAAAUUCCGAGAAUGCAUUCGCUCUAUAAAUGACGGUAUCCUCGCAAAACCAGAAAAGGAUGGGCAAGAGAACGAUAUUUUGGUGCCGUUGACGAACUCAUUGUAUGUCAGAGGGAAGCUAUCAGAUAGAGAGAAAGUGAUUGUGGACGUUGGGACCGGGUUCUAUGUUGAAAAGACACCCACUAAAGCUAUUGAAUUUUAUAAUGGGAAAGUGGGAGAGCUAGGCACAAACUUGCGUGACCUAGAAAAAGUUGUGGCAGGGAAGAGCACAAAUCUAAGAGUCGUUGAAGAAGUGUUGCGCCAAAAGCUUCUCGCUGGCGAAGGCAAUGCGGUGCAGGCAGCGCCUAGCGGCGGUGGACAAUCUUGA